CGCGCGGCCUCAUUGGUGCCGAUUGAGGAGGCCCCGCCCCUCCACCUGGCCGGGGGCCCUGCGGACCCAGGUUUUCCUCUCGGGACCCUCCUCAUCCCCCCCAGUCCCCGCUGUCACUUUGCGGGGUGGGGCGCCCGAGAGUCCCAGCCUCGAGGGGAGCGGGCCCGCGGCAUCGUUCUCACAGGCCUCGGUGGGCGGGCGCCCAGGCAGCGCGGAGGGACCGAGGCGCCGCCCUGGAGCUCCGGGAUGGCUGAGCUGCUGCGGGCGCAGGCGGGAAAACCUACGUGCCGCUCACUUCAACCUCUGGCCUUUCCCCUGGUCACGCUCGUCCUCGUCCUCUUUGGCAUGGGGGUCCUGAGCCCAAGAAUCCCGAUGCUGGAGACCAGACCAGAAGGUGAAGGGAUGGUUUAUCCGCAGCCCGUGGUGCUGACGCCCUCGAGGAAAGACGUCCUGGUCCUGACCCCGUGGCUGGCGCCCAUCGUCUGGGAGGGGACCUUCAACAUUGACAUCCUGAACGAGCAGUUCCGGCUCCAGAACGUCACGGUCGGGCUCACCGUGUUUGCCAUCAAGAAGUACGUGGUCUUCCUGCAGCUCUUCCUGGAGACAGCGGAGCAGCACUUCAUGGUGGGGCACAGAGUCCACUACUACGUCUUCACUGACCGGCCGGCCGACGUGCCCAGCGUGGCGCUGGGGGAGGGCCGCCGCCUGGUGGUGCUCGAGGUCCAGGGCGCCGCGCGCUGGCAGGACAUUUCCAUGAGCCGCAUGCAGAUGAUCAGCGACUUCUGUGAGCGGCGCUUCCGGUGGGAGGUGGACUUUCUGAUGUGCGUGGACGUGGACAUGCGCUUCAGCGACCACGUGGGCGUGGAGAUCCUGUCCCCGCUUUUCGGCACCCUGCACCCCGGCUUCUACAGGGCGGCCCGCCAGGCCUUCAGCUAUGAGCGCCGGCCGCAGUCCCAGGCCUACAUCCCCCCGGACCAGGGCGACUUCUACUACAUGGGGGCGCUCUUCGGGGGGUCGGUGGCCGAGGUUCAGCGGCUCACCAAGGCCUGUCACCAGGCCAUGAUGGCCGACCGCGCCAAUGGCAUCGAGGCCGUUUGGCACGACGAGAGCCACCUGAACCGGUACCUGCUGGACCACAAGCCCACCAAGGUGCUGUCCCCGGAGUACCUGUGGGACGAGCAGCUGCUGGGCCGGCCGGCCGUCAUGAGGAAGCUGAGGUUCAUGGCGGUGCCCAAGAACCAUCAGCAAAUCCGCAACUGAGGGGCAAGCCUGGGGCGCGAGGAGGGCUGGGGGCCGACUGCGCUUCCCUUUUCUGUCCUGUGGAGGGAAACUGGGAGCCUGGCACUGCCCCAACCCCCAAACACAGGCCUUGGGGCACCUCUGCCCUGUGCA